AUCUGUAGCUCAGUUUCAGUACAACCUUCUGCACCGACACUUGUGUCAGCUGCGAGCGCGAUCUUUGUCAAGUUUUCGGGUUCGGGUUUCCCGUAGAGUUAGCUCCAGUGCGUGAUAACUGGCAAUAUCAGUGUAAUACCAGACGACCAGCAGCAGUCCCCGGACCCGCACAAUGCCCACCGUCGAGCAUAAGCUGAAUAUUUCCGAGGAGGAGAUACCGGAACAGAUACUCCGGCUGGCACAGGAGCAGGGCGAGAGCUCUAGCACCGAGGCAGCGGUCAUCGAGCAGUUCCGCAGCUACAUUUUGGAACGAAACGAAUGCCAGCCACACCGCAGCGAUGACAAGUAUCUGAAGAAAUUUCUGCGAGCCCGCUACUGGAAGAUUGAGAACAGCUAUAGAUUGCUCUGCAGUUACUACAAAUUUCGGGAGCACAACAAAAGCUACUACGAAAAGGUUCGUCCUCUGGAUCUGCGCCAUGUUGGAGAGUCUGACAUCCUGUCAGUGACGCCAUAUCGCGAUCAACACGGUCACCGCAUACUCAUAUAUCGCUUUGGACUAUGGCGACCCAAUCGUGUGAUAGUGGACGAUAUUUUUCGAGCCACCAUUGUCCUGCAGGAACUCGGUAGCUUGGAGCCCAUCUCCCAAAUAGUGGGCGGAGUGGGUAUCUUUGACCUGAAGGACUUGGGACUAGAGCACAUAUUUCACCUCAGUCCCAGUGUGGCUCAGAAAAUGAUUGCCCUGCUUGUGACCUCCAUGCCCAUCCGCACCUCCGCCCUUCAUAUUGUGAACCAGAAUUGGGUUUUCAAUGCAGCAUUCAAGAUUUUUAAGCCCUUUCUGAAUGCCGCAAUGCGAGAGAAACUGUUCAUCCAUGGUAGCGAUAUGAGUUCACUGCACAAACACAUCGAUCCUGAGCAUUUACCUAAACGUUAUGGCGGCUUGCACGAAGAUUACUCCUAUACGCUUUGGCUGGACAUGCUGAAGGAACAGUGUCCGACUAAUGGGGUGCAAAAGGAUAUGGAGCAAUUGGGCUUCAUCUUUGACUAACUCUCAAGUUAGUUAGCUUUACAAAGUAAGAAAGGGAAAUUUGAAACUGAUAAUAAUUUUAGUCUGCUUGCCUUAUUUUAUGAUUAUUUAAAGUUAUAAGGAAGGCGUCACAAGAAGGUUUUAUUUGAAGAAAAUAAAAAGUAUAUACUGUAA